AAGCAGAGGAAGUGCUGUCCUACGUCAUCACUCUGCGUCAAAGGGAAAAGGACAGUCGCACUGUAGUGGGUUCCUCUACGAUAUUUACACAUACAAUAAGUGUGUUCUCAGCUGUCGGUGAACACUAACUUUCUCAAGCCACAUCUGUUGAAUAAAGUCUAGUAGGUUCCCUUGACUGGCUGAGUGAGUGAAGGUCAUGUCAUCUCCAGGUGGACAGGGCGGAGGGGCGUUGUCUACGAGAGGUGGAGCUGGGGCCCGGAGGAUGAAAUGGGCUCUAGAGCUUAGCCUCGGCAACAUGCGGAGUCGUGACCGGCAGGGUGGCCAGGGGGAUGCCAUGUACCCCAUUGGCUACUCCGACAAGCCCGUUCCUGACACCAGUGUCCAGGAGACAGACCGCAACUUAGUGGAAAAGAGGUGCUGGGAUGUGGCCCUGGGCCCACUGAAGCAGAUCCCCAUGAACCUGUUCAUCAUGUACAUGUCUGGGAACACCAUCUCCAUCUUCCCCAUCAUGAUGGUGUGCAUGAUGGCCUGGAGGCCCAUCCAAGCCCUCAUGGCCAUCUCUGCCACCUUUAAGCUGCUGGAGAGCUCUAGUCAGCAGUGGUUGCAAGGUCUGGUGUAUCUCGUAGGAAACCUGCUGGGUGCUGCAUUGGCCAUCUAUAAGUGUCAGUCAAUGGGGCUCCUGCCGACACACUCGUCUGAUUGGUUGGCCUUCAUAGAACCGCCCCAGCGGAUGGAGAUUAUGGGUGGAGGAAUGGUGUUGUGAUGAUGAAAGAAGACACAUCUACAUGCUUAACAUAACUUACACACACACACACUCUCUUUCCUACAGCAGAUCCUGAGCCUACUGUAAUAAUUAUGCUAUUUUUUUUUUUUUUUUUGUCUUUUGCAUCUUAACCUGCAUUAAUUUAUAUUUUUGUUGUAUUUACUUUCUGGCCUGUUUUUUUCUCUGAUGACACAUGUAAUAAAGGCAACAUAUUGUGCUGUUUUCAGAAA